CUUUGGACGUCAAAUAUUCAAGUAUUCCGACAUCUAAGCUAUAAAUUUCUUUAGUCUUUAUGUUCUCACGAUUUACAUAGCCAAAUUCACAAGAAGUGUAAACAAAAUUUUCUUUAAGAGCCAAGCAACAAUUUUGAUUUUUAUACGUUAUUGCAAAAGUGAGCUGUGACAAUGUCGAAGGCCUCACGUUUGGAGCAGGAGAUACUGCUACUGCGCCAGGAGCUGGCCCUGAUGCGCUCGGAUCGCGAUGAGCUCUACCGGAUGCAUGCCAACCAUUUCGAGCUGUGCGACGGCGGCGGCGAAUGCUGCCAAAGGUCUCAGAUUGAUGUUAAAAAGCUUGCCAAAACGGGUCAAACAAAUCAGGAGUUGUACAUUGCCUAUCUGGAGGAGCAGAUACAAAGAACGCGCUUAAAGUACAAGAAGCAAAUGGGCGAGGUCAAGUCCAGCGCCACCCAACUGGAAACGCAGCUGCAAAGCGUGCGCCAGGACAUGACCUGCAUCAGCGCCAAGGCGCAGCAGGUGGACAGGCUGCAGAGUAACGUAAAGGAACUCAUGUCCAAGCUGAAACGCCGUGACAUGAUCAUAGCACGCUAUAAUGAGCAGCACGCUGAGUUCUUGGGACUAAUUGAAAAUUUGGACCAGAAGUCAAAUCACGAACAGAAGGUCCCAAAGCAGUUCACAAAUCUUCAAAAAUCGGAUGCUUUUGAGGUCGAUAGCUGUGACGGGGAGGGAAAGGAUUCGGAUAUUUGCACCAGGUGCAAACCUGGAAAGAAACCAAACUUUUCCUGUCUAGGCACAGCACUCAGAAACAAACUGCACCGCAAUUAGCUACAUAUGUUCCAAGCCGAUCAACAAGUUGUAACAAGAUUUCAAUAUUUAUAUAUCAUCGUAUUUUUUGUUUUAAAUUAAAUUCUUGUAUUGUUUCAAAGUAUUAAAACUGUAUGCAUAGCGAAA